UGUAGUAAAUGUGUUAAGUGGUUAAACAAUUAUUUACAAAUUAUUCCUUUGCAAACGGAAGCGGUUGUGUUAUUUGCACAAGCGUCAAGAUGUCUAAUAUUGUGCUUGAUAAGGAUUCAUUUUUGCGUCGAAUAAAGCGGCUCUACACAGAGUGGAAGGCUCCUAGUGUUGGCCACGAUGAUGCCUUAAGCAAUUUGGACUGCAUCAUGAGCGUGGUGGGCGUAGAUGAGGAUAUAGUCUACUCAAAAUCCAUGGCCCUGCAACUGUGGCUGCUUGGAUACGAGCUAACAGAUACUAUCUCAGUGUUUGCCUCAGAUGCCAUCUACUUUCUCACGAGCAAAAAGAAAAUUGACUUCUUGAAACAAGUCGAGAAUAUCAGUGAAGAAGGCGUGCCGGAGAUAAAGCUACUCGUGCGCGAUCGGACGGAUAAGGAUAAAAACAACUUUGAAAAGCUUAUUAAAAUUAUACAGAACUCGAAAAAGGGCAAACGGCUUGGAGUUUUCACCAAGGAUGCGUAUCCCGGUGAAUUCUGCGGUAGCUGGAAAAAGUCGCUGGAUGAAGCCCGUUUUGAACAUGUCGACAUUAGCGUUAUUAUUGCAUAUUUGAUGUGUCCAAAAGACGAGUCUGAGGUCAACUAUAUGCGUAAAGCUUCUCUGGUAUCAGUGGACAUAUUCAAUAAGUAUUUGAAAGACGAGAUUAUGGAUAUUAUUGAUUCCGAUAGGAAAGUCAAACAUGUCAAACUUUCGGAAGGCUGCGAGACGGCUAUUCAGGAAAAGAAGUACACCGGCGGCUUGGAGCCAACAUAUUUGGAAAUGUGUUAUCCGCCCAUCAUACAAUCGGGCGGAGCUUACAGUUUAAAGUUCUCAGCUGCCGCAGAUAAGAAUCAUUUACAUUUUGGCGUUAUUGUAUGCUCGCUGGGCGCGCGAUACAAAUCAUACUGCUCGAACAUUUCACGCACGUUCCUUGUUAAUCCCACUGAAACCAUGGAGGAGAACUACACGUUUCUUGUGAACGUUCAGGAAGAAAUACUAAAGCUGCUUGUACCCGGUGCCAAGUUGUGCGAUGUGUACGAAACCACGUUAAGCUAUGUGAAGAAAGAGAAACCGAAAAUGGUCGAUAAUCUCACAAAGACAUUCGGCACGGCAAUGGGAAUUGAAUUUCGAGAGAACUCCAUUGUAAUUGGGCCUAAGUGUCAGGCAUUAGUCAAAAAGAAUAUGGUCUUCAACGUGCACGUCGGGCUUUCGAAUUUGUUGAAUCCAGAAGCUGCCGAUAAGGAGGGCAAGACUUAUGCAUUAUUCAUAGGUGAUACGGUACUCGUUGGCGAACAGGCGCCAGCGAGCGUGAUGACACCAUCGAAGAAGAAAAUCAAAAAUGUAGGCAUUUUUAUAAAGGAUGAUGAUAGCGAGGAGGAGGAAGUCGACAAUAAGAAAGCUUCCAAGGACGAUCAGGGCACCGAGAUACUGGGACGCAGUAAGCGAAAUGCUGUGCUUGAGUCUAAGCUGCGAAACGAGAUAAACACCGAGGAAAAACGCAAAGAGCAUCAACGAGAGCUAGCGCAGCAACUGAAUGAAAGGGCGAAGGAACGUCUGGCCAAGCAGGGGAACUCUAAGGAGGUGGAGAAGGUGCGCAAGAACACUGUUUCCUAUAAGUCAAUGAGUCAAAUGCCGAGAGAACCCGAUGUGAAGGAGCUAAAGCUGUAUGUGGAUAAGAAAUACGAGACGGUUAUAAUGCCCGUGUUUGGCAUUCAGGUGCCGUUCCAUAUAUCCACCAUAAAGAACAUUUCGCAGUCCGUUGAGGGGGAGUAUACCUAUUUGCGUAUCAAUUUCUUUCACCCUGGCGCCACAAUGGGCCGCAACGAGGGCGGUCUCUACCCUCAGCCCGAGGCCACCUUCGUUAAGGAAGUCACCUAUCGCAGUUCAAAUGUAAAGGAACACGGUGAAGUGGCUGCACCGUCUUCAAAUUUGAACAACGCUUUUCGACUGAUCAAGGAGGUGCAAAAGCGUUUUAAAACACGCGAGGCCGAGGAUCGCGAAAAGGAGGAUCUGGUGAAGCAAGACACCUUAAUAUUGUCGCAAAACAAGGGCAAUCCGAAACUUAAAGAUUUGUACAUUAGACCCAAUAUUGUGACAAAACGCAUGACGGGAAGCUUGGAGGCGCACACCAAUGGCUUCCGCUACAUUUCCGUCCGUGGCGAUAAGGUGGACAUUCUGUACAACAACAUAAAGAGCGCCUUCUUUCAACCCUGUGAUGGAGAGAUGAUCAUAUUACUGCACUUCCAUCUAAAGUACGCGAUUAUGUUUGGCAAAAAGAAACACGUCGAUGUACAGUUCUACACAGAGGUCGGCGAGAUCACCACAGAUCUGGGCAAACACCAGCACAUGCACGAUCGUGAUGAUUUGGCCGCUGAGCAAGCAGAACGCGAGUUGCGCCACAAGCUCAAGACAGCAUUCAAGAGUUUCUGCGAAAAGGUCGAGACCAUGACCAAGGCACAGGUAGAGUUUGAUACCCCGUUCCGUGAACUCGGCUUUCCAGGUGCACCCUUCCGCAGUACAGUGACGUUGCAGCCCACAUCCGGUUCCCUCGUCAAUCUUACGGAGUGGCCGCCAUUUGUCAUCACAUUGGACGAUGUGGAGUUGGUCCACUUCGAACGUGUACAGUUCCAUUUGCGCAACUUCGAUAUGAUAUUCGUAUUUAAGGAGUAUAACAAGAAGGUGGCAAUGGUGAACGCUAUUCCGAUGAACAUGCUCGACCAUGUUAAAGAGUGGCUCAACUCUUGCGAUAUUCGGUACUCGGAGGGCGUGCAGUCAUUGAAUUGGGUUAAAAUUAUGAAAACGAUCACGGACGAUCCGGAAGGUUUCUUUGCUGAAGGCGGCUGGACCUUCUUGGACCCUGAAUCGGGUAGUGAGGAUGAAAAUGAAACCGCUGAAUCAGAAGAAGAUGAAGCCUAUCAGCCCAGUGAUGCUGAGACCGACGAGGAAUCCGAUGAUGAUGAUUCGGAAUACUCUGAAGCGUCUGAAGACGAAAGCGAUGACAGUGACGAUUUGGGUUCCGAUGAAGAAUCAGGCAAGGACUGGUCUGAUCUGGAGCGAGAGGCCGCCGAAGAAGAUCGCAACCACGAUUAUAAUACAGACGAUAAACGAAACGGCAAAUUUGAAUCGAAGAAACAGUCAAAGAGUUCCAAGCACAGUCGUCGCGACCGUAUGGAGCAGCGAUCAUCGCACAGUAAAAAGCAUAAGUCGAAUUCCUCCUCUACUUCUUCACAUUUAAAAUCCUCCAGCUCCAAACACGGCAGCUCAUCUAGCCCCACGAAAUCGUCCAAGGAUAAAUACAGUAAUCGCGACAAGCAUCAUUCCUCCUCUUCGUCGGGACAUAAGAGUAGCAAGGACAAAGAUAAGGAUCGGAAACGUUCUCGCGACGAUAGUCGCGAACAUGGCCACAAGUCGAAGAAAUCACGUCAUUGAAGCCACGCACCACGUAAGGAUUGAGCGAAGGACGGCACAUUAUACGUCUUUAUGUAGUUUAAGUCGACCUUUAUACAUACAUAUAUAUUAUAUAUGUAUAACGUACAUUUCUACGCAUAAUGCUUUGUAUUGUUAAAUGCGUUCAUAAGGUCAACCCGCCCUAAAUACAAUUUCCAAUUUAUACAUACUA